CUACGUAGAUCUGGAUGCAGAGAGCUCAGUAGUUGAUCGCACCUUUUCCUGAGUAGACCAGAGAUUCGUUCUCGGGUAUUUCCUGUUGAAACCGCGAUGACGAGCCACGAAUUAGAUGCUUAUUACGGGUUUGCGUUGAAAUUGGUUCAAGAUGCCGCUGAGGUACUGAAAAAAGUAACAAGUGGCAUGAAAGCUUUCAACGAAAAACUUGGUGCAUGGGAUCUAGUAACAGAACACGAUAAGAGGAUAGAGGAUAUCAUUAUUGGGAGACUGAAGCGAGAAUACCCUAAACACAAAUUUAUCGCCGAAGAGUCAGUUGGACCACAAUUACCAGAGCUAACCGAUGAUCCAACAUGGAUCAUAGAUCCAAUCGACGGUACAAUGAACUUCAUUCAUAAUUUCCCUCAUAUUUGUAUCGUGGUUGGCCUGUCCAUCAGAAAGGAGAUGGUAAUUGGAAUCGUUUACAAUCCUAUGUUGGAGCAACUUUUCACAGCGAAAAAGGGCCAAGGUGCAUUUCUAAACGGUCAGCCAAUCAAAGCAUCCAAAAUUCAAGAUAUAUCGAAAGCGCUAGUCUGCAUGGAACCAGCAUUUAUGAAGAUUGACUAUCUUAAGGACUACAUGUUAGAGAGAUUCCAAGCAUUGAUUGAAAAUGCUCACGGACUUCGGGCUCUUGGAGUAGCUGCCUUGACUUUGUGUUACGUAGCCUUGGGAGCCAUCGAAGCGUACCACAUCGAGGGUCCAGCUAUCUCAACUUGGGAUAUUGCAGCAGCAUCUUUAAUCAUCACCGAAGCUGGAGGAGUCGUCAUCGAUCGAGUAACAGGAGAAAAAGUGAAUCUCAUGAACCCUCGAGCAAUUGGGGCCUGCAAUGAAAAGAUCGCCAUCCAAUUGAGGAACAUCAUUCGAGAGGCCGAUCGCCGAGUGGAUUCAAGAAAAAAAUGAAUUUUCGGAAGAUGCUUAUAAUUUGCUUCCCAUUAAAAUGUCUGACUUA